CUCGUGGCUCAACAGUGGUGUCAACAACAAUGCCUCCCAACGAUAGAUUUAACGUAGUGUUUAUUAUAUUGUUAUUUCAUGGCAUCGGCACACUUUUACCCUGGAAUAUGCUCAUCAAUGCUGAUAGUUAUUUCGUUGAUUACAAACUGAAUGUCACAAACUCUACGCCAAGUCUUGAUAACUAUAAGACAAACUUUCUCUCAUAUCUGGGAAUCGCAUCAAAAGCGCCAAACAUUUUGCUACAGAUUAUCAAUUUGUUUGCCAACACCGGAUAUGGCUCACUAUCCAUACGCAUAUCAGUCACACUUAUUGUACAAUCGCUGGUAUUUGUCUUUACAAUAAUACUGGCAGUGAUUGACAGCACCGGAUGGCCGGACAUAUUUUUCUGGGUCACAAUGCUUUCGGCCGCAGUCAUCAACGUUGCCAACGGUGUAUACCAGGGCUGCGUAUACGGGGCGGCGGCCAAACUGCCCAUGGGCUACCCCAACGCCGUCACAAUAGGCAUGAAUAUGAGCGGCACAAUAGCCUCGCUGUUUAUGAUUAUAUCGAUUGCGGUCUCGCCGUCGGCCAAAGUGGCCGCCAUUAUAUUCUUCGCCUGCGCUGUUGUGAUGCUCACCAUAUGUUUGGUUUCUGAGUUUUAUCUCAAAAACAAU